AUGUUCGAUGAAAUUAUCUCCCUUUGUGUGUCUCUGGGCAACAUGAAGAAAAAAAAAAAAAAUAAUAUAACCUUCUUAUCUUUCUGUUUCUUCUUUUUUGUUAAUACCUUUUUUUUCUUUUUCUCUUCUUUAUCUUUCAUUUUUUUUUCCUUCAUCUUCUAUGCAUUCUUUCUCUUCGUUAUCUUUCUCUUUUCUUCUUUCUUCCUAUUUUUCUUCUUCUACAAUUCUCAAUUUUCCCUUCCACCAUCUACUUCUCUUUCUUUUCAUAUCUCUCUCUCUCUCUCUCUCUAUCUCUCUAUCUAUCUAUCUCUCUUUCUUCUUGUAUAUCUUCUUUCUGCCUUUUACUUUUUCACUUUCUCUGAUUUUUUUAUUUUUUCUCUAAUAUUUUCAUCAUCUACUUCUCUUUCUUUUCAUCUCUCUCUCUCUCUCUUUCUUCUCGUAUAUCUUCUUUCUUUCUUUUACUUUUUCACUUUCUCUGAUUUUUUUUCCCUGUGUAUAAAACUUGACCAUCUCUCUCGGUCAAAACUUUAG